UCAAAGUAAAAUGAAUGCAAAACUUCCAUCCCAGCGAUGGUAACACGAGUGAUCCCGCACGUCAUAAAAGGAAGCUAGUGUUUUUGUUUAAUUCUAAAUUUAUUACAGAUAUUUUAAGUCUAAUUGCGAGAUUUUACUGAUUUAAAAGAAAAACUUGAAUAUGGCAGAUUUAGUAUGGGGAAUUAAAAACGGAGAACUGGACCAAGUUAAGGAUUAUAUUGAAAAAACGAAUGUUGACUUAAACAAUGAAAUCAGUGGCAGGUGUCCAGUUCACUAUGCGGCAGAUUAUGGCCAAAAAGAAAUAUUAGAAUUUUUAAUAUCCAAAGGUGUUGAUGUCAAUUUAAAAGAUAAACAUGGUAUUACGGCAUUGCUAGCAGCUAUAUGGGAAGGUCAUACAGAAUGUGUCCGUUUGCUUUUGGCAAACGGAGCUGUUAAAGAAGGUACAACACCAGACGGAACCAAUUAUAUAGAUGCUGCUGAAAAAGACGAAAUAAAAGAAUUACUGCGUUAAAAGUAUUUAUUUCAAGAAAGUAGCGUUAGAAAACUUUUUAUACUUAUCAUUCUUUUCUAUAAAUGUAAGUUCAAAUAUAUAAUGAGCAUCUAUAAUUUAUAUUAUUAAUAUAUAGUUAAAAUUGAAGAAAAAAUAGUUUUAACUAAAUAAAAAAUACACUUUGUGGUAAAAAUAAGUAUUGUAAAAUAAAUGUAAGCUUUUUAAUAUUAUUUCUUUAAAACCAGUUUUAUUCAAAAUAAAUUGUAUUUUAAUUAAGUA